ACAAGAACAAACACAUAAACCAAAGAUCCAGAACGUUCUUCUUUUUUAUACAUAAGACACAACCUUUGUGAGAAAUCUUGAAUAAGGUUAAAGAACAGAAAAUGGAGAGCAAAGACUUCGACUCUUACAAUGAGCGCAAAGCUUUCGACGAGACAAAAGAAGGUGUGAAAGGUCUCGUUGAUGCUCACAUCACCGAAGUUCCUCGUAUCUUCCGUCUCCCACAAGGUACCUUAUCGGAUAAGAAACCCUCUCUUUCUUCCUCGAAUCUUGCAAUCCCUAUCAUCGACUUCGCAGACAUCCACGUGUCACGUCCACGUGUCGUUGAGAAGAUCAAAGAUGCGGCAGAGAAGUGGGGUUUUUUUCAGGUGGUCAACCAUGGUGUUCCUUUAAGCGUUCUUGAAGAGAUGAGAGAUGGAGUUCGAAGGUUUUUUGAGCAAGAUCUCGAGGUUAAGAAGUCUUACUUCUCGCGUGAAGCCACCAAGAAAUUUGUCUACAAUAGUAACUUUGAUCUGUAUAGUUCUACUGCAUGCGUUAACUGGAGAGACAGUUUCGCCUGUUACAUGUCUCCUGAUCCCCCAACCCCUGAAGAGCUCCCAGUGGUUUGCAGGGAUGCUACGAUCGAACACUGGAAGCAUAUGAUGAGUUUAGGUGAUUUGCUCUUUGAACUCUUGUCAGAAGCUCUUGGUUUGAGUUUUGAUAGGCUUAAGAGCAUGGAUUGUAUGAAGGGUUUGUUUAUGAUAUGCCAUUAUUACCCUCCCUGUCCUCGACCAGACCUAACUAUCGGCACAAACCAUCACUCUGACAACUCCUUCCUCACCAUUCUCCUUCAAGACCAAGUCGGUGGCCUUCAAAUUCUUCAUCAAGACUGUUGGGUCGAUGUCUCACCCAUUCCAGGGGCUCUUGUUAUCAACAUCGGAGAUUUCAUGCAGCUAAUAACGAAUGACAAAUUCAUAAGCGCAGAGCACAGAGUGCUUUCGAACAGAACUGAAACGAGGAUUUCAGUCGCGAGCUUUUUCACCACGAAUUUGCUUCCAAAUUCAACUGUAUAUGGACCAAUCAAAGAGCUUCUCUCUGAAGAAAACCCUCCAAUCUACAGAGACUUCACUUUAGAAGAAUACACAAAGGGAUACGUUAAGAAAGGCCUCAACGGAACUUCUCAUCUGUCCUAUCUCAAGUUAUGACAAACACUUGGCAAAAAUAAAAUAAUAGUACAAGCCGUUUAAGUUCGUUGUAAGAUACAUGUGUAUUUCAUGCAUGGUGGUCCAGUCCUCGUUCCAUUGUCA